GUUUGUCGGGGGCGGUGCCGUACGUCAACGGAAACAGGAAGAGGAUGAAUGAAACAACCGUCGAAAUGUUGUAACCUGUAACACCUCCAUGAAGCUGGUACGAGAUGCCCCACAUUUACCAUAAAAUGCGACGGUUUGACUUCUCCCUCCUCCGCCACACCUCUUCCCUUCCCUCCUCAUUCAGUGUCCCCACAGUCACCAGGACAUGCUGCCUCCACCAAAGGGUCUUCACUGGUGCCCACACCUGUUAUAAGAGCCCCAUCCCGGGUCACAGCUGCCAGCACAGGAGGGGUGUGAGCACAGCCCUCAGGCAGCACAUACAGGACCUGAGUGGGCCUGAGCAGAGACUGUUGAAUAAACUGUACGAAGGGCUGAUCGGAGGACAGCGGGCGUCCCUGGCUGAGUCCAUCACUUUGGUGGAGACCCAGCAUGCCAGGAAAAAAGAGCUGGCCCAGGUGCUGCUGCAGAGGGUGCUGGCCUACAGGAGGGAGCAGGAGAGUCGUAAUGGAGGGAAGCCGAUGGCCUUCAGAGUAGGUCUGUCCGGUCCUCCAGGAGCCGGGAAGUCGUCCUUCAUCGAGGUGGUGGGGAAGAUGUUGACAGGACGUGGACACAAAGUUUCAGUGCUGGCUGUUGACCCAUCGUCCUGCACUACAGGAGGGUCUCUGAUGGGUGAUAAGACUCGUAUGACUGAGCUCUCGAGGGACAUGGAUGCUUUUAUCAGACCAUCUCCGGCCUCAGGAACACUUGGUGGAGUCACCAGAACAACUAAUGAGGCCAUUGUUCUCUGUGAGGGCGCGGGAUAUGACAUUGUCCUUGUAGAGACUGUAGGUGUGGGCCAGUCAGAGUUUGCAGUGGCGGACAUGGUUGACAUGUUUGUGCUUCUGAUUCCACCAGCAGGGGGCGACGAACUUCAGGGUAUCAAGAGAGGCAUCAUUGAGAGGGCCGACUUGGUGGUGGUGACCAAGUCGGAUGGAGACCUGGUCGUGCCAGCUAGGAGGAUCCAGACUGAAUACACCAGUGCACUCAAGCUGCUCAGGAGACAGUCCAAGUCCUGGAACCCUAAGGUGGUGCGUGCGUCCUCACACACCGGUGAGGGCAUCCCAGAGGUCUGGGCCAGGAUGGAGUCGUACCGGGAUGCCAUGUUAGCGAGCGGUGAGUUGCAGGGCCGGCGGAGGGCCCAGCAGAAGGUUUGGAUGUGGAGUUUGAUCCAGGAGAACGUCCUCUGCUAUUUCCAGAAUCACCCCAGUGUCAGAGAGGCUCUACCCCACCUAGAGGAGAGGGUCACCAAAGGAGCCAUCUCCCCAGGCCUGGCUGCUGACCUGCUUCUCAAAGCCUUCUCAUCAUCAUUGUAAUCAGUGGGACUGCACUUUGGGAGAAGGAUGAAUGCGUCAUGGCUGAUCAGGGCCACUCAGUGCCAAGGAAAGUCAGGACAGAGUGAGAAUAUGUGACCUUGACUCUGUGGUUUGCACAAAAAGAAGCAGCCUUGCUCCUUUUACACUUCAUUUGAAAUUUAAAACACCUAAGAUAGAAGUCACCCCUCCAUAGAAACUUCAGUUUCUGCAUGCUUUAAUCCAAAUCAGGAGAGGGCUGAGAGUGCUGACAGUUGCCACUUCUCGCCUACAGCUUCAAGACACAUCCACAUUUGGACAGUGGAUGGCAAAAUGAAAAUUUCAAUUGUGUUUAACAGUGCUGUGAGAUAUGAAACAGGCCAACAGCCUGGUUUUCUAAAGCGGAUACUGGGAUUGUCUUCUUGGACAAGAACACUACAGACCCUUGUAAACCAUUUUUAUGAGUAGUACAAAACAUACAGAGGAUUGUAAAGGCCAUGUUGUUAUGUUUGGAGAGUAGUUUGCACAAUACCCAUCACUUUUACGAACAGGGUCCUUAAAUGGUGAAGCUGUGACUUGUUCAUGCCAUAAAUAUCAACAUGACUAAUACUGUGGAAGUAUAAUCUGUGAUAAGCUGUUUUUCUUGCCCACCCUCCUCAUACAGUGAUAAAUAAUACACACUAUUUGUAACCCCAAAAGAAAAGUGUUAAUAACAGGAUCAGGCUUAGAGAAAUGGGAUUUGUUAUGGUCACUUGAUUCUCUUGUUGAACGGCCAUGAACAUUGCUCUAAUAACAAACUUAUAAAAGCAACUGGACUGGACAAAAUGUGUUUUAUUCACUAUUUUUGUUUCUUGAAUUUAUAUUAAAAGAAUGCUGUGAAUCGUAAAUGGAUAAGUGAAUAACAUUAAAUCUGUCAGUACAGUUGGCCGA